AUGGACCAGUCACGGAUAUUCGGGACACCGCUGUCCCCGAUCUUCAACAUGCGGCACUCGUGGGGCAUGUCCGCCGAGCUGCUGGAGGAUACGCUGUACGUCCUCGCAGCAGAAAACGAGAAAGCCAUGAAGAACGCAGAUCAUGCCAUUGGCUGGUUCAAGCAUGGAAAAGCUGCAGAGAUGCUGUUUCUGGUGUGUGAGGAGUUUAAGCUGCCUGCUGAGGUACGAUACCUUGCAGUGGAGAUGUUGGACAGGUUCCUAAUGCUCCAUGUUCAGCAUCUCUACACCUCAGCCAAGGACACAGGCAAAGGGUCAGCUGCUGAGUGGUCACGUGUGGAGGGUCAGCUGCAGAAACAGAUGAUGCUGUGGAUCCUGGUGUGUGUACAGAUGGCCAGCAAAGUGUCCUCACACUAUAAGAUUGUGACCCCUGGGAAGGCCUGCAGGUUUCUGGUCGAUGCAGGUCACAACUUUACAAGGUCAGAAGUCAUCAGGUCAGAGUUGAAGGUUUUGAAGACCUUGAACUUUAACCUCAGCAUCCCCUCACCUCUGACCUACUUGGAAACUUUAUUAGAGAUUCUUGGUCACAAUGACUCCUCUGUGGAGGUGAAAGUGCUGCAUGCCACCAGCCUGAAGGUGUUGGACCUCACCUACAUGCAGAGGCACCUGGUGUACAACAAACUCUACAUGAUGGCCACUCGGUCCAACACACCUGCCUCACCUGACAGGGAGAAGUUUGUGACAGUGGAGUGUGACCUGAUGUUGCUGGCUGUUGCUGUCAUCGGUGCAGCCUCCUACAUUCUGGACAUGACAACAAGUGACAAGGUGAUUGACCAGUUAGGCUGUAUCACCCGGAUACCAGGCGAGGACAUUGUGGACUUCGCUACCAUCCUGGUGGAGUGUCUCAUCCCCAGUGACCUCCGCAUCAUCCAGUAAACAGCACCACCUACUGGUGCUGCAGAAAACUGCAGUGCAGCUAUAUUACCUUUGUUUCUU